AUGAUUUUCGGCAAAAAUAAACGAUUUAGUAAUUCGUUUUAUCGAAUCGUCCAAUGUGAUUUGGUUGUGGUAAGGGCCAAAUCCACGUGUUUGGUGUCAAAAAACGUGGUUUUUUCCUUCAGAACCUCUGCGUCUACACCAAUUCCUGGGUCCAUCGCCUGGCUCAACGUCCUUCCACCGGAUAUCUCCUCCAAAAUAUUCCACCCCAAAUCUUAGUCAUCACAUCCUACACAAUGCCAUUCUUCUCUCAACUUCAAACUGUUAGCCUUAUUCUACUUUGUUUCUAUCGCUACAGUUUGUUUCUGGAAUUUAUGAAUUUUAAUACUUUUUGGGCGAAAUGGUAAGGAUAAGUAAUUUUAACCUAACUUAAAGUAUCACAUGCCGGUAUGCUCCUAACGAACGUUAAACCCUAGUCUUAACCGAUAAGCCUAUUUUUACGGUGAAAAUCCGUGAGCUUAAAAAUUACCUAGUAUCCCAGUAGUGUAAAAGUGUGUUAAGUGAUCACUAGGUUUACGAUAUGCGCCUAUAACCGGUGUACCUUUAUCGUAUAGUCAAGCCGUACAACCUUAAAGGAAUCUUGUUGAACCUUAACCGUACUGUAAACGUGAAAAUUUUCCAGGUAUCUAUUAGUAUACAUCUGCCUAAUCACCUACUCCUUAGCUACAAUCCUCUCAAUCUCAUUCACAUUCUUCCCGCUGGUCUACGAUUCAACAGCCGGCUAUUUUGUAGCUCACCCUGAAUACGUGGGUGCCAAUCGCUACACAUUUGGUAAAUUUGUCUUUUUUGGCACAAAUUUUCAUCUGAUACUUAUCACAACUCUGGGAAUUCUAACAGUUUACAAGUUGCGCAAGCGGUUUUCGCAUCAAAAUGAUUCGACAAGAACUAAAGAUAUGAUGAAGAGAGUUACGCUAAUUGUGGCGAUUAAUUCAUUGAUUUUUCUGAUUAUUCUUUUCUGGUUGCUUUGUGUGGGGAUAUUUUUUCCGAAUAUUGAUCGGGUUUCGCAGAUUAAUUUGCUAAUGACUGUUUCGGAUAUGGUGAGUUAGCCGAAGUGAUUCGAAGAAAAAAAAUCACGAUAAAUUCUUUGCAGGUCUCCUUCAGUAUGCCCUACACUCUUCUACUUCUCGACAAAAAUAUCCAGGAAAUGAUUUCACAAAAAAAUCCGAUAUUUUCGAGGAAUCCGAGUAGCAUUGCUGUUGCACCAAUGACGUGA